CGCCCGGGUCGGUGCCGUGCGCGUGCGCGCGCCCGGGAAGGCGGAAGCGGAAGUCGGGGGCGCGCCGGCGCGCACGGGAGCGCCGCGGCGUCGGAGCGGGUCUGGGGUCGCCAUGGGGCGCGGCAGCGGCACCUUCGAGCGUCUGCUAGACAAAGCCACCAGCCAGCUUCUGCUGGAGACAGACUGGGAAUCCAUCCUGCAGAUCUGUGACCUCAUCCGCCAGGGGGACACGCAAGCCAAGUACGCAGUGAGCGCCAUCAAGAAGAAGGUCAAUGACAAGAAUCCGCAUGUGGCCUUGUAUGCUCUGGAGGUCAUGGAGUCAGUGGUGAAGAACUGCGGGCAGACAGUGCACGAUGAGGUGGCCAGCAAGCAGACGAUGGAGGAGCUGAAGGAGCUUCUGAAGAGGCAGGUGGAGGUGAGCGUCCGGAACAAGAUCCUGUACCUGAUCCAGGCCUGGGCUCACGCCUUCCGCAACGAACCCAAGUACAAGGUGGUCCAGGAUACCUACCAGAUCAUGAAGGUCGAGGGCCACGUUUUCCCCGAGUUCAAGGAGAGCGACGCCAUGUUUGCUGCAGAGAGGGCCCCUGAUUGGGUGGAUGCUGAAGAGUGCCACCGGUGCCGGGUACAGUUUGGCGUGGUGACGCGCAAGCACCACUGCCGGGCCUGUGGCCAGAUUUUCUGCGGCAAGUGCUCCUCCAAGUACUCCACCAUCCCCAAAUUUGGCAUCGAGAAGGAGGUGCGGGUGUGUGAGCCCUGCUACGAGCAGCUCAACAGGAAAGCGGAGGGGAAGAGCACGUCCACCUCGGAGCUGCCCCCGGAGUACCUGACCAGCCCUCUGUCCCAGCAGUCUCAGCUGCCCCCCAAGCGGGACGAGACAGCCCUGCAAGAGGAAGAGGAGCUGCAGCUGGCCCUGGCCCUGUCACAGUCGGAGGCGGAGGAGAAGGAGAGGAUGAGACAGAAGUCCACCUAUGCUGCGUACCCUAAAGCGGAGCCGGCGCCCCAGGCUGGCAGCCUGUACUCGUCCCCCGUGAACUCAUCGGCUCCUCUGGCUGAAGACGUCGAGCCCGAGCUCGCCCGGUACCUCAACCGCAACUACUGGGAGAAGAAGCAGGAGGAGGCUCGCAGGAGCCCCACCCCAUCGGCACCUGCACCCCUGAGCGAGUCGGCGCCCCUGCCCGUGGAUGGCCACGGCGUUCCUGGCCCGGUGCUGGAGACGGCCCUCCUGGACCCCGACUCACAGCCGGCACCUUCUCCUGGAGGCCCCUUCAGCGAGUGCCAGAACGGGGAGUCAGAGGAGAACCACGCGCAGUUCCUGAAGGCGCUGCAGAACGCCGUCACCACCUUCGUCAACCGCAUGAAGAGUAACCAUGUGCGCGGCCGCAGCGUCAUCAACGACUCAGCCGUGCUGUCCCUGUUCCAGUCCAUCAACGGCAUGCACCCGCAGCUGCUGGAGCUGCUCAACCAGCUGGACGAGCGCAGGCUCUACUAUGAGGGCCUGCAGGACAAGCUGGCGCAGAUCCGCGACGCCCGGGGCGCCCUGAGCGCCCUGCGGGAGGAGCACCGGGAGAAGCUGCGCCGGGCAGCUGAGGAGGCCGAGCGCCAGCGUCAGAUCCAGCUGGCACACAAGCUGGAAAUCAUGCGGCAGAAGAAGCAGGAGUACCUGGAGGUGCAGCGGCAGCUGGCCAUCCAGCGGCUGCAGGAGCAGGAGAAGGAGCGGCAGCUGCGCCUGGAACAGCAGAAACAGACAGUCCAGAUGCGCGCCCAGAUGCCAGCCUUCUCACUGCCCUAUGCCCAGCUCCAAGCUCUACCUCCAGCAGGCAGCGUGCUCUACCAGCCCUCGGGCCCCACCAGCUUCCCGGGCACCUUCAGCCCAGCCAGCUCGGUGGAGGGCUCCCCAAUGCACACGGUGUACAUGAGCCAGCCUGCGCCCGCAGGCAGCAGCCCCUAUGCUAGCAUGCCCAGCUCUGGAGCAGAUCCGAACCUAGUGGGCGCCUACAUGUACCCGGCUGGCACCACCGCCCCCGCCGCGCCCCCGGGCCCUGCGGGGCCGGCUGCCAGCCCGGCCUACUCGUCCUACCAGCCCACCCCGUCGCAGGGCUACCAGACCACAGCCUCGCAGGCCCCGCAGAGCCUCCCGGCGCUGGCGCAGCCCCAGCAACCGGGCGCCCUGGGCUACGUGGGCUACGCACCCUACGGCGUGCCCGUGGCCGGGGCGCCCCCCGGGCCCGCUCCGCAGAGCCUCCUGCCUGCGCUCCCGGGCCCCGACUCUGCCCUGGCCGCCCCGCAGCCGGCCUACGUGCAGGGCCAGCAGCCGCUGUACCAGCAGGUGCCGCCCUCCGCCGGCCCGCCGCCCCCUGGCGCCCCGCAGCCGCCCGCGCAGGCGCCACCGCCCGGCAGCGAGGCACAGCUCAUCUCCUUCGACUGAGCCCUGGGCCGGGCCCGCCGCCCCGCCCCGCCGGGCUCCCCCCGCCCCCCGCAGGCGCGCGAGCGAGCC